UUUUAAUAAUAAUUGACCAUGGUUUCGGUGUGUAGAGAGUGACUCUAGCUUUUAUUUAUCGAAGUUAACUAAAAAUAUAAUAUGUUGAUAUUGUGAAAGAACUGGUUGUACAUUACCAAACUGUACAUAUCUUCACACUUCAAGAGAGGAAGAAAAACUUUUUCGUAAGGCCGACGAGCUGCCACGUGUGCUACGGGAAAGACACGCGGCCAUGAAUGCCGCUGCGGCUGCUGCUGCUAACACUAUGGAGGGUGUUCCGCCGAUAUUUGUGACUCAGCCACCACCACCACCGCCACCACCAUUGGUGACGGCACCACCACCUUUGCCACUCUUGCAAUCUAUACCCACAGUUAUGCCACCACCACCGCCUCCACCACCACCACCUCCGCCACCAACAGAACCGUCUGUACCAUCACUACCAGCUCCAGCAGUGUACACAGCACCACCACCACCACAUGCAAAUUCAGUUCAGAAUCAACCAUCUCCACCCUUAUUUGAUGCAAGUGUACCACCACCAAAGAUAGUAAAUGGUGGUAAAAGAUUAUAUAGUGACAGUUGUGAAGUUGGGCCAAGCAAGCUAAGGAAAGCAGAUGAUCCGCAACUAGCUGACCAUAUGUGCGAAAAAUGUGUACAACGGGAGCUAAGCAGUGACCUGUGCUUAGAAGAACUGGAAAAAAUUAAAAUGCAGAAGGAAUACAAAAAGUUCCUCUAUAAAAGCAAAUCUGAAGAGAAUGAGAACUUAAUAGCCAUGAUGAGGUUAUUUUUUCCGAGCGAAAUAGGUUUAGCAGUUGAAGAAUAUGUUGACGUACCCAUGCAGCUAAGGAUGCAUAGAUUAUUAGAGGAUAGAUUAUCUAAUACUGGCAAUGUGAUGGAUUCUAUCCAGUCAUCAUCAAUGAGAGAUAUUUUACUCGGGUAUAUACUCAACACGAAUUCAACAACAGAAAGGCUUUUAUCUUCAGAUACUGAUAUCUCAAGAAGUAGUACAUCAAGCCUACAAACAGCCACAAAUGGCUUAAGUCGUCUUAUUAAUGGACAAAAUGCAACAAAACAUCAAACUGAAACGAUUUCGUCACUUAAUCAUCGUGCUCAAGCAUAUCUGAGCCCUGGCGUGACUUCAACGAAUGUGGCAUCGACAUCGACUGCACCGACGUCGUAUCCGACGUAUCAACCCGGCGUGCCGCCUCCCGCGCCUGUGGCGGCAGCUGCGAUGGCGACAGCGACGUACCCUACGUACCGGCCUACCGCACCACCACCAGUGUACCCUCCGUACCAACCUGCUGUGCCGCCACCACCAGCACGUACCUCCUUUUUUACACAAGCUUCGUAUGCAUCCACUGGUUCGCCAACGACUGCCGCGUUUCCAACAGCAUCACGCGUUCCUAUCACAGCGCCUCAACCGGUACCAGCCGCGCCCCCUCCGCCCGCACCAAAUUCUAGUUAUGGCCAAUAUAUGCCACCCGGCUAUACUUCGCAGCAUUAUUAUCCCCCAUUUCAAUAACGACAUGAGAAUACAACGCAAGCGCGUUGUUACGUAAGGAUAAGCGGACUCUUAAAAACUAUGAAGCUUGGAGAUGUACUAGUUUGUGUAUAGAGUGAGUCUGAAAAACAAUUCUGAGUGAUAGCUGGGACUGUGUGUUUGCAUGGUUUGUCAUGAUUUCAUGAUUUCUACUGUCGACGACAUAGUUUUAUCUAAAUAAGGCAUGAAUAUAUAAUUGUUACACUUUGUUACUACAUCAAAGAAUAGGCUCCGUUCAAUUCGAGGUGUCCGUCAGUAGAACAUUGCCACCUUCUUGGAUUUUGAAAUUAAUUCUUAACCAAAGCAUCAAUUUUACUAAUUUCGUAUAGAUUAUAAACGAGGCAAUGAAGUAUAAACUAAAGGAACUAUAACCAGCGCCACCGUCUCCGAUUUGAAAUGAAUUUUUGACACAUUUAUGACCGAUUUCACCAACGUCCCCUAAACUGUUACAUAACUAUGUGUCCCUUCAAAUGAAAGGACCCUUAAAUGAUCCGCUUAUUUGGACUUAACUUCAUAAGGCAAAAUCAGAUGUAGUGACUUUGGAUGUUCACAGCUUAUUAAAGAUGUCUUACUACGGAAAUUUAAUAUAAAAGCCGAGUUCUACUUUAGGUAGCCCACCACACUUUAUAUUAAGUUUAUUUUCGAUAAAUAUACUUUAUACCUACUUUGGAACAAAACUAAAGUAUUAUAUUUGAUCAUUUUUGUUUCAAAGAGAUGAUGUAAUCAAUUUAUAAUUCAAUUCAACUUCUUCCUGAAGCGUCUUCUUGAUUCAGCCAAUAAUUAUUAAAUGAAAUGGUACACUUAAGAUGUUAUUUUACAGAUGUCACAAUAGAUGAAAUUAUCUAAAUGGGUGAAAUAGUUUUUUAAUCUAAUGUGGCGAGAAAUAUAAUGCCUAUAAUUUAUAUUAAACGAGCUUUAAAAUCUAUAAAAUGUUAUAAAAAAAUAAUUUAGCGUGCGCUAAAACAUUGUUAUAAACAUAAAAACACGUUUUAAUAUGAUAAAAAAAACAAAAGAGAUACUUUUUUACUUACCAAAUACUUUAUUUUUCCAUAUUCAAACGAUUUUAUACAAAUAUAGGCAAUCUGUACUAUAUGAUUGAGGACACAUUUCAAAAUCCAAGCAGAUGAUGUUGCUCAAACGAUGGACACCAAGUUGAAAGGUUGCGUAGUUGUCUAAAUUUAUUUUAACAUUAAUUGGCCUUGCUAGAACAGAGCCUAUUAUCCUGUUAUGUAUUAUUUAAGUUGAUAUAAGCAUGCCAUUUGUACAUUUUUAGAAUAAGAAUAGGUAUAAGAGGAAAUGUACGUUCUAUUUAUUAGACCUUUAUCAGAAUCAUAGUUUAAGGUUACAAUAUAAACAAGUCCAUAAU